AAAGGUCAGAGACCUCGGUUUCAAUGUGUAAUGGCUGCGCCCAUGUAGCAGUCAACUGUCAACAAACUGCGAACCGGCAUUGUGAAAAUAUCAGCAUAUGAAGAUGUCGCUGUGUCCAAGGUUGUAUCAUCUUGGACGACACACCAUCUGUAGGUUUUGUAUCCGAAGAACCAUGUGCAAUGUGGUUAAUCAUUGUAGCCAGAUCAUCAGACAUCUUAACACUGACCUCACGUCACGUCACAUGUCCACUAACAUGUCCAGUACCAGCAUGUCACAGUUUGAGUCGUCACUGUUUGUCAGUGGGAUGUAUCAGGAUGACGUUCUCUUACUAUCACUAGACCUUGAUUAUGAAGUAAUGUUACAGGAUCUAGAUGCUAAUCUACGCUUGAGAAAAAUCACCAGCUGGAACAGCGAUCAUAUCAAUCACUUUAAAGACAACUGUAGAAGAUUUCUUGAUAAUAAAGAGAAGUUGAAAAAAAUACAGGAUGACCAAAAGAAUAUAACUUUAGCUUAUAAAUCCAUCAUAGAAAAGGAGAAAAAGUUGAUUUUAACUAAAGAAGAAGCAGACCAGGAGAGGGCAGCUCUACGGGACAAAGGGAAAGCAAGUCAAAGCCCAGUACAACAACAUCAUUGCUGAAUUUUAUACUCUGGAACAAGAGGUUAUCUUCCAUGCUCUGCGGAUACCUAACCAUUUACAUAUAGACACGCCAACAGAGGAUGACAUGAAAGUGGUACAGAAGUGUGGCUCCCUCGAAAAAGUCAAGAUGUCGAAGGAAAAGCUAAAGGAAACUCUGCGAAAAUGUGUAAAAUUCAGCAAUAUAGGUCACAGGUCAUACUAUCUUAUGUCAAAUGCAGCACUAAAAGAGCAGGAGCUCAUCACCAGGCUGUGUUCAGAUCUACGAGGGUCUAGCUUUACACCCAUGGUGUGUCCCGAGAUCUUCAAGACUGUCCCCGUUGAAGGUGCUGGCAUUGUCCCACAGAAUCCUAAGGAGAUAUAUAACCUGGAAGUACAGGACACCAAUAAAGAUAAGGCACACAUUCUGCCGUACAAGGAAUAUAUUCGAGGAACAUCCGUGGUACCUUUCUUAGCUUACUUUACCAAACAUCUUCUCGACUCUGAUGAUCUCCCCAGGAAAUUCUUCACCAUUGGUAGAUCCUAUGAGGUUGAGCAGGAAAUGAAUUCAUUACCAGGCCUUUAUGGUACCCCACAGAAUAUAUGUGCUGAAGUUGCCACAAUGACAAAGAAUGAUGUUCAGAAUGAGGCUGUGUACAGUGAGCUGCAGGCCAUGUUGUGGAGGAGUCUGACAGCUCUGGACAUCCCAUCCAGAAUGGUCCUAGUGCCUGCUCACUCCCUACACAGCUCAGAGAGGAAGAGGACGGAGGUUCAGUUCUGGUCACCGAGUCUGCAGAGAUAUGUCGAGGUAGGGUCUUUAUCAUGCUAUGGAGAUUACCUCAGCAGACGACUCAUGUUCCGACAGAGUGGAAAUCUAAAAAAGCAUCAUGUGUCCAAGUCAAGACCUAUUUACACAAUACACGGGAGAUGGGCCAACAUCACUAGACUGGUAGCUCUACAUCUGGAGUACAGUUGUCAACUCCUUGGUGAUGGUUGACCCCAGCUGACAUGAGAAAAAAUGGUGUGUCAUAUCACUUCUCUGUACAGCCAGGAAGUGAUAUGACAGCUUAACUGUACAGACAGGAAGUGAUAUAACAGUUUAACUGUACAGCCUGGAAGUGAUAUGACAGCCUAACUGUACAGCCAGGGAGUGAUAUGACAGCUUAACUGUACAGCCUGGAAGUGAUAUGACAACUUAAUGUAUGGACAGGAAGUGAUAUGACAACUUAACUGUACAGCCAGAAAGUGAUAUGACAGCUUAACUGUACAGCCAGGAAGUGAUAUGACAACUUAACUGUACAGCCUGGAAGUGAUAUGACAACUUAACUGUACAGCCUGGAAGUGAUAUGACAACUUAACUGUACAGACAGGAAAUGAUAUGACAGCUGAACUUUACAGCCAGGAAGUGAUAUGACAGCUUAACUGUACAGCCUGGAAGUGAUAUGACAACUUAACUGUACAGCCUGGAAGUGAUAUGACAACUUAACUGUACAGCCUGGAAGUGAUAUGACAACUUAACUGUACAGCCUGGAAGUGAUAUGACAACUUAAUGUAUGGACAGGAAGUGAUAUGACAACUUAACUGUACAGCCAGAAAGUGAUAUGACAGCUUAACUGUACAGCCAGGAAGUGAUAUGACAACUUAACUGUACAGCCUGGAAGUGAUAUGACAACUUAAUGUAUGGACAGGAAGUGAUAUGACAACUUAACUGUACAGCCAGAAAGUGAUAUGACAGCUUAACUGUACAGCCAGGAAGUGAUAUGACAACUUAACUGUACAGCCUGGAAGUGAUAUGACAACUUAACUGUACAGCCUGGAAGUGAUAUGACAACUUAACUGUACAGACAGGAAAUGAUAUGACAGCUUAACUGUACAGACAGGAAGUGAUAUGACAGCUGCACUGUACAGCCAAGAAGUGAUAUGACAUUUUAACUGUUCAUCCAGGAAGUGACAUGACAACUUAACUGUACAGCCAGGAAGUGAUGUGACAACUUAACUGUAUAACCAGGAAGUGAAAGAGCUUAUCUGUAUUGACUGGAAGUUAGAGGACAACUUACUUCUGCUGAGAUGAAGUUUAAAGGACACCUUAUAUAGACAUGAAUUUAUAGGAUAGCACACCUAUACAGCAGGAAGGUCUCUUUGUGAACAGGAAGUGAUGAGACAACUUACCUGUGGGACAGGAAGUGAUUAGACAACAUACCUGUGGGGACAGGAAGUUAUUAGACAACUAACCUGUGGGGACAGGAAGUUAUUAGACAACUAACAUGUGUGGACAGGAAGUGAUGAGACAACUUACCUGUGGGGACAGGAAGUUAUUAGACAACUAACCUGUGGGACAGGAAGUGAUGUGACAAAUUACAUUUGAGGACUAUAUCGUUGUUGACGUGAAUUUGUGAUGAUCGUGGUACUGAAUACAUGGGAGGAUUGAAAGUCGCGCGUAUUUAUGAGGUUUAUGAAAUUACAUUUGUCUAUAGAGUUCAAUUGAUGACAUUUAUUUUUGAUAAAAGAAAUAAAACAUGGAUGAUUA